AUGUGGAAUGGCACAUGUAUUAAAUUAAGUAACUCAGAAAUUAGAUCUAUUAAGUCAACUAAAGGACUUAACUGGUCAUGUGCCUCUUGUGAUGAAUACUGUAAAGAUCUAAACUCACUUAAGGCAACAAUCAUAUCGCUUCAACAAGACGUAAAGGAGUUAAAGGGUUUAAAUAAAAAAUCUGAUGCAGUUAUCGAUGAAGAUUGUGUUGAAGAUAUUAUUUCUGAAAUAACCGCCAGAGAGAGAAAACGCUGUAAUUUAAUAUUAUUUAAUAUGUCAGAAGCUGUGUUUGCCCUAGGGCAGUACUGUCCAAUUCAGCUGCCCGCAAGCGAGUCUCCGGGCCAUCGUGGGUUCGGCGCGGGCGGUUGUAGACUAGUGGGGAAAGUACGCAUCGAUUUAGUCGUGGGCGUUUGGUUCGUGUCGAUUUAG